CUCGGCGCCAUUUUACUGCUGGGACACAAACAGGAAGAGGAGUGUUAGUCUGGCGUCUUGACUGUUUUGAAAAUAUAUGGAUUUUUACACAGCUAGCUCAAAUGAAUGUCCUCUGUGAAUUUUAGGAAACAUUUUUGUUCAACAGCAAUUACAUGUUGAUGUGAGCCGUACACAACAACCGGAGCUAUGAAUGGGAGUUCGAAUCCGCUGUUAGAUAAGGAGGAACAUGUUUUGAAGCUUGGAGAGAGCUUUCAAAAACGGCCCAAAUCGUCAUUUCACACCAUCAGAUAUGAUUUUAAACCUGCUUCCAUUGACACUACCUGUCAAGGGGAGUUACAGGUUGGGAAAGGAGAUGAAGUCACCAUUACCCUACCUCAUAUUCCAGGUUCAACUCCUCCAAUGACAGUAUUCAAAGGUAAUAAAAGGCCAUAUCAAAAAGACUGUGUUCUUAUCAUGAACCAUGAUACAGGAGAGUUUAUGCUGGAGAAGCUGAGCAGCAGUAUACAAGUCAAGAAAACCAGAGCGGAAGGUAGCAGUAAAAUCCAGGCUAGAAUCGAACAGCAGUCAGUGCGAGCAACACAGCCUCCCUCACAGUUCCGAGCCCCUACCAAACCAGGAGUGGGAGCAAAAACCUCCCCGUCCAAGGACAACCCCUCCCCAGAGCCUCAGCUGGAUGAUAUCAAGAGAGAGCUGCGAGCGGAGGUGGAGAUCAUCGAGCAGAUGAGCAGUAGCAGCGGCAGUAGCUCCUCGGACUCAGCCAGCUCCUCAGGCAGUGGAGAUGACAGCUCGAGCAGCGAGGGGGAGCAGGAGCCUGCCCACCAGCACACAUCACCUAACCGCAACUCAGCUACCAAUGGCAUCGACAGGUCACAGGGCAGCAACCAGCUGAUGAGCACGCUCAGAAAUGACCUUCAGCUGAGUGAAUCAGGGAGUGACAGUGAUGAUGACUGAGUCCAGGACACUCCCUCACACAUCCUUUUUUGGCAGUGAUCAUAAACAGAGAUCAACCCUCCCUGAUUUUACCAUAUUUUAAAUAUCGCUGGAAAGCUGCCCAACGUUGAGGUGUUUAGAUUGUAUUUUUUUAGCUGUAUAUUUUGUAUUGUAUCAGUUCAGUCCUUAUCAUAUGAACAUGUGCACAAUUAUAGAAUUCACAGAUUCUGUGUUUAGAGCCAGCUAUUGGAUCAGUCUGAGUUAAUUAGCAGUAUAUUUUAAUUAACAAGGUGAGUUUAUCAUAUUCAGUUUCCCCUGUUCACCUACAAUUCAGAAUAAAUGGCUAGGUUUCAUGUAAUAUAUUUCACAAAGUCUGAUAUUUGAUUGAGUUUAGUUGUAUCAAAGCGCUUACAUAGUUUACACCAUAUGUGUGUAUUUUUGAAUUAUAUUUUACCCCAAUGGGUUUUAUCACUUUUAUCAAAGCAGUGCUGCCUGGCAUGAUGACUAAAACCAUAGUGUGUGACAAAGAAUAUGUUUAACUGACAGUUGUUUGAUGUCCAACACAGUAGUGACCACGCUAUUAUACACUUUAUCCUUAUAUUGGUCUGUGAACAUCAAACAAUGACAGCACCAACUUCCUGUCUGUUUUCUCUAUAGUUCAAAUUCAUACCAACACAGUAGUCUAACAGGGGUUAAAGCCUAAAAUUAAGAGCAGAAGCAUUCUUUAAGUAAUGGUUAACCCUUAGCUAUGGCUUUUGAAUAUUUGCAUACUGAUUUUCCUUGUAUGACAUAUAGCUUUCAAUCGAAUACGUGUAUCCGUAUCAUUUGUUACUGUGUUUAUAUCAAGUCAUCUUUCACCAUUUCAAUUCUACAUGCUGUCUACAGUAGAAGUUUUAUAUAGUUCCAAAUACUGGAGGAGCACCAAAGCAACUAAUAAAGAUCAUACCAUUUAAAAUGUUGAAUACAUAGUUAAUGAUAUAUAUAUAUAUA